AUGGCUAGCGCUGACAGCGAGGUGAAAACAUUACUGAACUUCGUCAACCUGGCAUCGAGCGAUAUCAAGGCAGCCCUCGACAAAUCGGCCCCUUGCAGGCGCUCCGUGGACCACAGGAAAUACCUGCAGAAGCAGCUCAAACGUUUUUCGCAAAAGUACUCUAGGAUACCACGGUGUCACACGCACAGGACGACUGACUCAGCAAUGGCUAAAGUUACAGAGGACAAGCCUGACGUAUAUUCACUGGAGAGCGUUCAACGGAACUUCACACGUUUGAAUGAAAAGAGUGACCAGAAUUUGCUUACUGUAGAGAAUUCACAUUUAAACUCUAAGAGUUUGAACGAGAGCCGCCAGGAUCACGUUCCUAUGCGCAAAAGGCAACUUCCAGCUUCGUUUUGGGAGGAACCCCGGUCUUCCCACGGCAGCCGCGAAACUGUAGAGGUUGGAUGGAAAAAAAGUUCAAAUGUGACAAGAAUUCUUGGACAUUCGGAUCCCGAGAGCGAGAAAAGAAAAAAUUCACACAAUGAAACAAAAGCAAACUCUUUGGAAAAGCAACCACUUAAACUGGACUUGUCGUCUGCAAACGUGCACUUCUGUGGGUGCUGUCCCUUUCAGUACCACGGGCAUCACAUUUUCCAGAGCAACUUGCUCGUCCCUCCUUCAACGUUCUCAGAUGUAGGGAUCGCGAAAGUAACAGGAGCCGAGGUAGAAACGAUUGUCAUGCCCAGUGGAUUCAAAAAUCACACAGCUCAUGUUGUGGUAAAGCCGAUUCCAACCAAGCCCACCGUUUCUUCGUCAAUUUUCAGUGUAUUUGGCUUUAUAUAA